CGAGCGAGAUGUCUGAGACGGCUCCUGCUCCGGUUGCCGUUGAGGUAGCUCCUCCUGCUGCACCGGCGCCUGCUGCCAAGGCUGCCGCCAAGAAGCCGAAGAAGGCGGCGAGUGUUUCCAAGGCCCCGAAGCCCGCCGGCCCCAGCGUCACCGAGCUGAUCACCAAGGCCGUGUCCGCCUCCAAGGAGCGCAAGGGGCUCUCCCUCGCCGCGCUGAAGAAGGCGCUGGCCGCCGGCGGCUACGAUGUGGAGAAGAACAACAGCCGCAUCAAGCUGGGGCUCAAGAGCCUCGUCAGCAAGGGCACCUUGGUGCAGACCAAGGGCACCGGCGCCUCCGGGUCAUUCCGGCUGAGCAAGAAACCUGGAGAAGUGAAGGAAAAAGCCCCCAAGAAGCGGGCAGCUGCGGCCAAGCCAAAGAAGCCGGCGGCCAAGAAGCCCGCCAGCGCUGCUAAGAAGCCCAAGAAGGCGGCAGCAGCAAAGAAGAGCCCGAAAAAGGUCAAGAAGCCGGUGGCUAAGAAAGCUGCCAAGAGUCCUAAGAAGGCGACUAAGGUAGCCAAGCCUAAAAAAGCGGCUGUGGCCUCAAAGAGCCCUGCUAAGGCGAAGGCGGUGAAGGCCAAAGCAGCUAAGCCCAAAGCAGCCAAGCCCAAAGCUGCCAAGGUGAAGAAGGCGGCGCCCAAGAAGAAGUAAACCACCGUGGAAGGGAACACUUGUUCUUCUUUAAAACCCCAACGGCUCUUUUAAGAGCCACCCAAAUUUUCUCGAAAAGGGCUGAAAUGAGGGUAUGUUUCUGUUACUGCAUUGUAAGUAGGUAGCAGAAAUGGCUUUGUACCAAUUCAAGUUUGCCCCACAGGGACGCUGACAAAGCAUGUGCUGCAACAGGAACUAAACUGCCUUAGGGGCAGGCCCUCAUUCUCUGCUGAUCGUUACCUUGGUGAAGCACUGGGAGAGGGGCGGUGAGGGGAGAGAUCAUGCAUUCCUUUGAGGAUGGACGUUGUUUCAAGCUACCUGAAGUACUCAGGGACUUGAAAAGUAUUCCUCUGCCCUUAGGUAAGUCUUGUAGCCGCUAUUUAACACUUCAGCAGGCCAGCGUGGCUAUGUAACCACGCAAGUAAAAGGGGAGUAGUGUGGUAGGAUUCCCUAAACAGAUUGUUAAUGGCAGCGACAAGACGGGGCACAGAUUUAAUUUACAUUUUGAAUUAAAACGAUAGAAUGGAAAAUACGGAGCUCUUCACCUUUUACAAAAGUAAAGCACAAAAAAGACACC